AUGUCAGCCGCCGCAGGCAGCGUCCAGUCGUCGACCAACCUCUUCCGGCGGCUAGCGUGGAACUCGUCGGUCCCAAUCGAGGUGCGCCUCGCCGACGACGUCGCGGGCGGCGCAGUGGACAAGUACUAUACCCAAGCACCGCGAUACACGUACCUCCCGCUCCUGCUCCAGGGCGUGCGGGAACAGCUCGUCGACGUCGCGCUCGACGACAAGGCGCUAGCUGAGCACUCGGACGACAGCCAGUGGUGGUUUGAAGAAGACCCCGGAGACAGCGAGGAGAGCAAUGUCAAGUUUGCGCUACAAGGACCGUGCAAGUGGCACUGGCCAAUAGACCUGAUCGAGCUGCACGCCGCCAUCAGCCGCACGGGCCGGCGCGGGGCCGAGGCCGAGCCCGACGCGCCGCCUUCGCCGCUCAAACUGAUCCUGCACUUGUCCUCUCCGCCGGCAGACAAGCUCGCCGUGCCGCCCGGCAUCGAGUCGUGCCGCACGCAGUUCGUGAGCCAGGUCAAGGAGGCGGACUUUGUGCGCUGGGGCAACACGAAGCGCGUGACGGGUCUGCGGCGAGGAGAUCUCGAGGCGGGGUGGGAAGGCGUCGUCGCAAACGACUUUGACCUGCACGCGCGCAUGGCGAGCCGCGUCGUGCCGCUGCCCAUCCCGCUGCCGCCGGCGAACACAGCGCAGCAGGCCACGCCGAGCGGCAUCACGUCCCGCCCGCCCUCGACCGAGCCAGGCCAGACGUCGUCGCGCGAGCCCAAGCUCGAGAGCGCGUACGCCGCCCGCAGCCUCCCGAUCAAGGUCUACCUCCCCGACGGUGCGCCGGCGCUCCAGUUCCCCGUCCCAAGCCUUGGCAACGAUGGCCGCCCGACGACGCUGCUCAGCCUCCUCCGCACCCACCUGCCCCUCCUCUUCCCCACCGUCGCAGAGCCGUACGUCCUCGCCCAGCCCCUCGCACAGGGCAUCAUCUUGCCGCCUGACGCUGAGGCGGCAUGGCUCGCCGCGUGCAUGGCCGGCGCGGACGGCUGGCUGCGCAUCGGAAUCCGGAUCGUGGGCGAGGCGUAG